UUUCAUUGUUAUUAUUAUUAUUAUUAUUAUAUUUAUUUAUUUAUUUAAAGUUACAUGGGCAUCCGAGAAUUCCUCUGAUGUUCUUGGGCGGUUUUGACAAAUAGGGGACUCUGCACGGGGAUGGUCUUCUCGGAUUCUAAAUCUCUUCAAGUCGGAGACCUUUCUCCAAUGGUGGUGUUCAAUUUUUAUCCAUUAUUUCAAAUUUCGUGGUGUUGAGCACUGGACAUAUGAGUGUAUAGGUGACGCACUACUGAUCCAAAAAAGGUUCAUAACCAUUGAAGGUUGCUUGGGGUUAUAUAUUGCUUAUAUUUAUUAGCAUAGUUAGUGAGAGGAAGAAAGUACCAUGGAGUGCAAUAAAGACGAGGCUGUCAGGGCUAAAGAAAUUGCUGAGAGGAAGUUUAUGGAGAGAAAUUAUGCUGCUUCAAAGAAAUUUGCCUUGAAGGCUCAAAAUUUGUAUCCCGAGCUUGAGGGGCUCUCUCAAAUGUUAAUGACACUUGAUGUCUAUAUCUUUUCUGAAAACAAAAUAGGUGGGGAAGCAGAUUGGUAUGGUGUACUUGGUGUAGAUCCCUUGGCUGAUGAUGAGACAGUAAAGAAACAAUACAGGAAGCUAGCUCUCAUGCUUCAUCCUGAUAAAAACAAGUGUUUAGGUGCAGAGGGCGCAUUUAAGUUGGUUUCCGAGGCCUGGAGUUUGUUAUCAGAUAAGGCUAAGAGAUUAUCAUAUAACCAGAAGAGGAAUUUGAAAGGAUUUCAGCAGAAUGCUUCAGCCCGGAGUGGUGGUCCAUCAGUGCUACCCAGAGCAAAUGGCUUUCAUAAUGUUACCAGGAAUGUUGCUUCAACUGCGAGGAAUAGUCAUAGCGGCAAUCGCGUGGGCCCCUCUUCAGUUCCUCCUCCACAUAUCAAAACUAAUACUUUUUGGACUAUUUGUAAUAGAUGCAGGACACAUUAUGAGUACCUCAGGACUUAUUUAAAUCACACUCUGCUUUGCCCUAAUUGUAACGAAGCUUUUAUGGCUUUAGAGAAGCCUCCACCUCCUAAUGUUUUUAAGUCCUCUAGUUGGUCUUCUCGCAAGACGCAUCAGAAUUCAAGACAUCAUCCUGGAAUUUGUAAUCCAUAUAAUGAAGGUCUGAAUUCAUUCAGUAACACAAACUUCCACUGGAAUUCUUUCUCCGGAGGGGCUGAUUUUGGUUGUACUGCUGCAUCAAGUUCUGCUGCUGCUCAAGCUGCAACUGUUGUUGAACAGGCUAGUGAGAGAGUAAAGAGAGAGCGUGAGGAAGAAUGGUCGGCUGCCCCCGAAUGGGAGAGGAGUCAGGAGAGGAGUCAUCUAUUUAAGGGCACGGGUAAUUCAGCCCUUAAAGGAGAUAUACACUUGAAGAAGAGAAAGCUAGAUGAUAAUUGUUUGAACAGUUAUGGAGGCCAUGCGGCAAAUCAAAUGACUAUGGGAAAUGGAGGAACUGGCAUGGUAGGCUUAUCAGAACCAACUAGGGGUUGUUCUGGAACAGAAAGGUUUUAUGGUUUUUCUGGUACUUAUAAUAAGUCCAACGGUGAGAGAGAAUUGAUGUUUUCUGAAAUACAGAAAAUGCUACUGGAAAAGGCUCAGAGUGAACUCCGCAAGAAACUUAAAGAAUGGAGCUCAUUAACUGAAGCAAAUACUUCAAAGAAAGAGAAGGAGAAGGUGAAAGACAAAGAGUCUAAGAAGAAGCUGGGUGUGGUGAAUGGUGACACAUAUGACCUGCAUAAGGGGGGUGGGUCAGAUGCUAGCAAUAAAAGACAGCAAAACAAUUCUAUCUCUAACCGUAUGGAUGAUGAUACAGAUCAACGGGAUGUUGAACCUAUGUCAAUCAAUGUUCCAGAUUCUGAUUUUCACAAUUUUGACCUGGACAGAUCUGAAAGUUCCUUUGAGGAUGACCAGGUCUGGGCUGCAUAUGAUGAUGAUGAUGGUAUGCCUCGUUACUAUGCUCGAGUACAUAAGGUGAUCUCUUUGAAGCCAUUUAAGAUGCGGAUCAGUUGGCUUAACUCAAGAAGCAACCAGGAAUUGGGCCCAAUAGACUGGAUAGGUUCUGGUUUCUCAAAAACAUGUGGGGAUUUCAGGAUUGGCAGACAAGAAACAACGGAAACAUUAAACUCUUUCUCUCACAAGGUAAUGUGGACAAAAGGCAUUCGCGGGGUCAUUUGCAUAUAUCCAAGAGAGGGAGAAGUCUGGGCUCUGUAUAGAAAUUGGUCCCCGGCUUGGAAUGAGCUUACACCAGAUGACUUGAUACACAAAUAUGACAUGGUGGAAGUGCUUGGUGACUUUAAUGUGGAACAAGGUGUGUCUGUUGUUCCUCUUAUUAAAGUUACUGGUUUCAGGACAGUGUUUCAAAGGCACAUGGACCCCAAGGAGGUCAGAAGGAUUCCCAAAGAAGAAAUGUUUCGCUUUUCUCAUCAGGUCCCUAAUUACUUGCUUACAGGCCAAGAAGCUCAUAACGCUCCAAAGGGUUGUCGGGAGUUGGAUCCAGCAGCUACCUCUUUGGAACUUCUUCAGGUUAUAAUGGAAGCUAAGGAGGAGCCUAUGUUGAAGAACAGUGGAAGAGUCGAGGAGGAGAUGUUCCAGAGUACCCCCAAAAUAAAUGUAGAUGAGAUGGUAGGGAAUACCCACACAGAGAACAAAUGAGAUUGUAGUGGCAGUAAAGGAUGACAAAAUACACCAAAGAUGAUGAUAGAUAGUGGUGCAUGGCAGGGUAGUCAAGGAAGCUGAUGGGUAGAAGAUGCUAAAGAAGGCGAAGAUUUAGGAUGUGGAUAUCGCUGGAUGCACCCCUUUUGAAAAUUUUUUGCUUUAUUUUGUAAGCCUAACCCAUAUUGUAGAAAUUGCUUCUUUGGCUAUUCAUGGAUCACAAGUGGUCCAGAGUUUUCUGGUUAUGUUGUAAAAUAUUGACAGGUAAAUUUCAUAUGAAAAAGGCCAUGCACGACCAUACUAGAUCACCAUCAGGUCUUUUUGCAAGCCGAAGAUACUUUAGGAGAUAAAGGUUACAGCCUUCAUGUCUCAAGUAUUUCAUCAACUGAGGUGGAUGUUUCCCACCUUACUGGAUAGGUUUUUUUUUUUUUUUUUUUUUUUUUUUUUUUUUUUUUUUUUUAAUAUCAAUUUUCAGAUAUUGGUAAAUGCUAUUUGUGUGAGAUGCUAUCAGCAAGGAGGAUUGAAGUUGGAUCCAUGGAGAUCGGGAUGUCUUCACUAAUUGUUCAGAUCCCACAGCUAUUUCUUUUUUGGAUUGUGACAAUUUGUCCUAAUGAAUGGUCCUUGCUUCUU